ACGCCCAGAGUGACUCUGGGAAUUGCAGUUUUUCAGGCCACCAUACUACGUCAGCGGAAGUGUUUUGAGCGUUCGCGAGCUAGGUCACAUUGAUUCAGUGGGGGUGAUGUUUUAAGAAAAGUCAUCACAAUGGAGGCAACAAAUGCAGAGGAAACCCAUCUGAGGCAUGUGGAGAAGGAUGUGCUGAUCCCCAAGAAGAUGAGGGAGAAAGCCAAGGAGCUCUGUGCUGACAAGGUUGAAGCCUUCAGUCACUGCUGUAAAGAAUCUGGUUUCUUCAUGGUGUUUAAGUGUCGAGAGGAGAACGCAGCCCUGAAGGAAUGUCUGACACGACACUACCAGGACCCCGCGUUUUUCGAAGAGUGCAAGCAGGAGUACAUUCGAGAGAAGCUGGAAUUUGAGAGGACGGGGAUUCCAGCCAAGAACACGAAACAAAAACUUCCGACUAGCAUGUAAAAAAACAACACAACAAGCUUUAUUUUUAAAGUGUACACAGACUUGCACUCUACCCAGAACUGCAGGAUACGUGGCAGUGCUAUGGACAAGUGGUUGUAUUUCUUGUAAAGCUACAUGCUUAUGCAUGGGGAAAAGGUGAGUGAAAUUAUUUGGAUCAUAAAGAGUGAUCAGAAUGUCACAAAUAUGUGAAUGUACCAUGAUAUAGUAGCCACCUGGAAGAGUUUCAGUGCAGGGCAGCACAUGGUGCGCAGCUGUAAACUGAGGGAUGCUUUGCACCUGUUGAACCACUUGAACAUGUGUCUAUUGCUCCUGCAGUGACGGCACGAGUGACGAAUCUGCUCAGUUGCCUUUGGCUGGACCCACAGCUUUGAAAUUCACCUGCAGAAGUUGUUGUGUAUUAACUUACAAAGGAUUUGAUUUAAAAAAAAAAGUAAUGGAAAUCAAAGGGAUUUGUACACUAACUUGGAGGUAAUAAUAAAACCUUGUGUGAUCAUGUGAUUGUUGCAAAUAAUAAAUAUUUUGAAAGCAGUAAAGUGAAUUUUACAUGUCAAGGACAGUCAACAUGAAAUGUUUCUGAUUAAAGGUUUAAUAUCUGCUUAACUCUGUCAGACUUAAAAGAUGUGUUUUUAUGAUGGUUUGCAUUUUUCAGCAGUAAAAUGAAAAUUUGUUUAUUUAGUGCAUUCGAAAGCAGGACCAAUAGGACAACCAGACUAACUGUAAAAAUUGUAAAAAAAAAAAAAAAA